GGUGUAACCAGGAAGUUGUCGCUGCAGCUCCUCCGUGUUUACACAUGUCCUCAGUCUCACGUGGAGACCGGCAUCAUGUCCUCGAAGAAAAGUAAAAGCAAAUCGAAGAGGACGAGUGAAGGAGACAGUUCUGUCCCCCUGAGCUCCAGCGACUCGUCCAGCCUCCAGACCCCGGGACGCGAGGCCGGAAGCUGCAGGACCAGCUGCUUCUUCACUGUCAUCGACUUCAUCGACAAGGCUGAUGACAAAACACCCAAAACCUGCAGAUCAACUUUGGCCCAGCUGAGCCUGGGUUCAUUGAAGUCGGCCGGUGUUUGCAUCGGGAGACCGGUUCUACUGACGGCCCCCAGAGGACAACAAGAGGUGUGUGUGGGAUGGCCGACCGCAACCUUUCCAGGUGGGAAAGUCGGUCUUCAGAAAAGUGCCCAGACGAACCUGGGAGUGAAGUCGGGCGACGCGGUGACGCUGCAGCCAAUCAGUGGAGCCGUGCUUCAGGCUGAAGAGGUGGUUCUCACCAACAGGUCUAAAGACAACGCACCAGAGACUGAUGAGUUCAAGAACUUCCUCCUGAGAUCUUUGGCGGGGAACAUCGUUCUUCCAGGAAACGUCCUCUCCCUGACCUACUUUGGCCGCUCAUGCAGUCUCCGGGUGGAAUCCAUCAGAGGUGAGGAUGGUGUCACCGUCCAGAGACCAGCUCCUCCUGCAGAAGCAGGUCCAGACACUGAGGAGUCGUCUGUGAACACGUCUGUGCUGGACUCCACGUCUGUCGACCUCUCGCUGCAGCUCAGCAUGCUCACAGUGGAGGAUAACAGCGCAGAGGGGGCACCGGGCACGCCUGGAGGGCCUGGUCCUACAGCCAGCACCCCACGCCGACCCAUCCCACUCCUUUCCCUCUCCCCAUCCCCUGCUCCCUGCAGCCCCUCCUACAACUCCCAGAAUCCUCCUGCAGGGUCAGGAGACAACGUUGUCUGCCUGGAGAGCUCCCUUGAACCAGAGCAGACAGCGAAAGUCCCCACAGCUCCCCCUGGUGGUGCACUGAACACUGACACCUUCUACUCGCUCUCCUGCUCCACGAAAGUGAGUUUCAGACACAGAGCAGGGCGGGAGGAUCCAGAUGCAGAAGCCAAGAGGUCAAAGGUCACGUACAACAUGAUUGGUGGGCUCAGCAGCCAGAUGGAUGUCAUCAGAGAGACCAUCGAGCUUCCUCUCAAACACCCUGAGCUGUUCAGAAACUACGGGAUCCCACCUCCCAGAGGAGUUCUGCUGUAUGGCCCCCCGGGCACAGGUAAGACUAUGAUUGGACGAGCCAUAGCCAAUGAGGUGGGAGCUCACAUGACGGUGAUCAACGGCCCGGAGAUCAUGAGCAAGUUCUACGGUGAAACAGAAGCAAGGUUGAGGCAGAUAUUCACUGAAGCGUCUCAGAGACAACCAGCGAUCAUCUUCAUCGACGAGCUGGACGCCUUGUGCCCGAAGAGAGAGGGGGCGCAGAACGAGGUGGAGAAACGAGUCGUGGCCUCUCUCCUGACUCUGAUGGACGGGAUCGGCUCAGAGGGCCACUCGGGUCAGCUGCUGGUCCUGGGGGCCACCAACCGGCCCCACGCCCUCGACCCGGCCCUGCGGCGACCGGGACGCUUUGACAAGGAGCUGGAGGUGGGAGUUCCUGCGGCGGCGGAGCGUGCAGACAUCUUGCAGAAGCAGCUGAGUCGGGUGGCGUGCAGCGCCACCACAGAGGAGCUGGUGCAGCUGGCAGACGCCGCUCACGGAUACGUCGGCGCAGACCUCGCAGCUGUUUGCAAGGAAGCAGGUUUACAUGCACUCAGACGAGCACUGGGAGGUUCCCAGCAACCAGACCAGCAGCUGAUGGGGACGGUGACCGUCACUGUGCAGGACCUCCAGUGGGCCAUGUCCGCUGUGAAGCCCAGCGCCAUGAGGGAGGUUUCUAUAGAUGUGCCCAAGGUGCGCUGGUCCGAUGUCGGUGGGAUGGAGGAGGUGAAGCUGAAACUGAAGCAGGCCGUUGACUGGCCCCUGAGGCACCCCGAGGCCUUCACCCGCAUGGGCAUCCAACCACCCAAAGGAGUCCUGCUCUACGGGCCCCCGGGCUGCUCCAAGACCAUGAUCGCCAAGGCCCUGGCCAAUGAGAGCGGGCUCAACUUCCUGGCAAUCAAAGGGCCUGAACUACUGAGCAAGUACGUCGGAGAGUCUGAACGAGCCGUGAGAGAGGUGUUUCGGAAGGCGAGGGCCGUCGCUCCCUCCAUCGUGUUCUUCGACGAGAUCGACGCGCUGGCCGGCGAGAGAGGAAGCUCCUCGGGCUCCGGCGGGGUGGGCGACCGGGUCCUGGCUCAGCUCCUGACAGAGAUGGACGGCAUCGAGCAGCUCCGAGACGUCACCGUGCUGGCCGCCACCAACCGGCCCGACAUGAUCGAUAAGGCUCUGAUGCGUCCAGGUCGCCUUGACCGAAUCGUCUACGUGCCUCUUCCAGAUGCUCCAACCCGACAGGAGAUAUUCUCUCUCCAGUUCCGCUACAUGCCCGUGGCCCAAGACGUGUCUGUAGAUGACCUGGUCACACGGACAAACAAAUAUUCAGGAGCGGAGAUAACAGCAGUAUGCAGAGAGGCCGCCCUCACGGCCCUGCAGGAGGACAUCAAAGCCCGGCACAUCGAGGCCAGACACUUUGAAAGUGCCCUGGACGCUGUGAAGCCUCGGAUCCCCGACUCUCUCAUCCAGUCGUAUAUCAGCUAUCAGCAGCGGCACAGCGGCCUGGGCUUCUUCUGACCACGCCGCCAAGGACACAUCCACAACCAAAGGAAUUUAGCUUUUCUUUGUAGUUUUAUUGUUAUUUUUUUUAUAAAUAAUACAGGUUUAAAACUGCCUCAAUCUGCUGGAGAAGUUACCGAUAAAAAUCCAGCUGAAUAUUGGCCAACGGAAGGAUUUCUGUUUUGCAGCUGAGUCGGCCACCUCAUAUGUUUAAAUCUUGUAUUUUAUAGUUGCAACAUAAAAGUGGUAACUGCUUUUUGAGUCCACAAUUAGAUAAUGCAUAUAACGUGUGCGGUUAUUGACAAUGUAAGUUUCCAACAGCUCUGAAGGACAGUGUUGUUGUUGUUUUUUUCUUAAUUUUGAUCAUUUCAAAUUUUUGAUAAUGUAAUAAAUGCAUUAUUUAUG